AUGAAGCCAGUCGUAGGGGUUAUGCAGGCGUGGUCAUGCAUCGUUAUCUCCUGUUUCGCGAUUGUAAUUCUAUCAGUCAUCGGUGCCCUCUUCAGUGCGAAUCACCAUUCUAUGAUGGGCUCAACGGAGGAUCCGGAGGAUGGCAAAGCGGUUGCUGGAACGGUAUUCUCGGCGGUAGUUGUCUAUGCGGUACGUACAACCUGA